AUGAAGGUCUUCGUAGCACUACUUCUCACCAUCGGUUCUGUUGCGGCUCGUGGGUCUGGACCUUACUUGCCGAGUGGCUGGAGGCCUGAAGGCCCGGCCUUCUAUCUACCAUCGGAAGUAGCUAAACCAGUGGCAAGAACUGCACAAGAGGUUGUAGUAGAAGAAACCGAGGCUUCAGGUUCUGAUGCUCUAAGGGAGUAUGGCCCACCCAAGCUGGAAGUGUCCAUCGAUGUUAACCAAGGACUUCCAGAUGUUGCUACAGAACAAACUUUUUUCAGGGCUAUCAAGGAAGAAGUUGUAGACUCUGGUCAAGAAGCUAAUGUUGAAGUAAACCCAGAACAAGUUGCUGCUGUUACAGAAAAAGUAUCAACAGUCACAGAAUCUCAAACAGCAGAAGCUGUUAAAGCAACAUUGGAGGAAGUUGCAGCUCUCUCUGAAGUAGAUGCUACUGCUGGAUCUCCAUCUACUGACGUAAUUGAAUCUUUUGACGCCAUUCAGACUAAAGCGUUGACGAAACCAGAAGUAAGCGUCGUUCCUAGAAUUGUUAUUCCAGAAGAUGUUGUGGUCCCAACCGACGCAGUAGAAGUAGUUGUUCCUCUGUAUCAACAAGAAUUGGUACAAGAUGUUCUGCCUACUCCAGUAUCCGAAACAGUAGCCUCUGCCCGCCUAGAAGAACAAGAAUUGGUGUCAGAAGCUAUUCCUACGCAAUCAUCAGACUCGGAGGCUUCUGUCACCUUAUUACAGCAAGAAGUCGUUCCUACUGCGACACAAGAAGUCGCAGUAGAGAAAGUGGCUGAAGAAGUCAAUAAUAUUGCAGAUGCUAUAAAUUUUUUGAACAAGGAGAUUAAAGCUGUUGAGAUCCAAGCUGAAGUAAACUCAGGCGUAACAUCCGCGCAAGUAAUCUCAGGAUCCUUGGAACAGGCGCCCGAAGGUUUCCUAGAGUAUGGACCCCCUGGUUUCUUGGAAUAUGGACCACCCAAGCAAGGAAUUCUUAGAGGACUAACAACUGAGGUUGGUAGUUCUGGUGCAUCAGAAAACAACGAAGUUAGAAGAAGGCGUUUCUCACCUAAAUUCAGAUCAACGAAAAAGCAUUAA